AAUCGCCAUUUUCUUUAAAACAUCCUGUAUAACUACUCCAUGACUACAAUUCUAACCUUUAAAAAAAUUCAAACUGUCUUUGAUUAACCAUAUACAUAAGAAAUAAUUAAACAAAAUGAGUUAUUGGCGAGGAUGGCGGUAUACGGCAUUGAUUACUUCGAUUGUAGGAGUGAUUGGCAUUACUAUCUAUCCAAUUGCCAUCUAUCCCAUGCAGCACAUUGAAGAAUAUAAAGCAAUACAGAAAGAGAAUAGGAGGAAUGUAAUUCAAAGUGAAAUUCAACCAGGAAAUAUGAAGGUGUGGUCUGAUCCAUUUGAUCGAAAAUAGAUUAAUAGAAUUGGUAGACAUGGGAUAUUAAUUAGUUGUGUAUAAUAUGUUAUUUUCUGCAUCUAGUUUAGAAGUAGAUGCAAUAUUUAUGAAUAAA